AUGUUAAGAAGACAAGCUCGUGAAAGGAGAGAAUAUUUAUAUCGUAAAGCUCAACAAUUACAAGAAGCCCAACUUAAUGAAAAACGUCAAAUUAUAAAACAAGCUUUAGAACAAGGUAAACCUUUACCUAAGGAUAUUGCAGAGGAUACCAAACUACAAGAAGAUUACCGUUAUGAUCAAACUAUCAAUUUAGCGAAUGAAGAGAUCGAUGAUGAAUAUGCACACACUAGCGGGAUAGUUGACCCUAGAAUUAUUGUGACCACUUCUCGUGAUCCAAGUACGAGAUUGUCACAGUUUGCAAAAGAAAUUAAAUUAAUGUUCCCUCAGGCGACCAGACUGAACCGUGGUAAUUUGAUCAUGUCUAAUCUUGUCAGUGCUUGCAUUAAAUCUGGUACAAGUGAUGUGAUUGUUCUACAUGAACAUAGAGGUGUGCCGACCAGCUUAACUAUAUCCCACUUUCCUCAUGGUCCUACUGCGUUUUUUAGUUUACACAACGUUGUAUUAAGGCAUGAUAUAUUGAACCGUGGCAAUGUGAGUGAAGUUAAUCCGCAUUUAAUAUUUGAUGGAUUUGAAACUAAAUUAGGUAAAAGAGUCGUUACGAUACUAAAACAUUUAUUUGCCCCAGGGCCUAAAAAGGACAGUGAAAGAGUAAUAACAUUUGCUAAUAGGGGUGAUUUUAUUAGUGUUAGACAACAUGUCUAUGUCAGAACCAGAGAUGGGGUAGAACUAGCGGAAGUAGGCCCUAGAUUUGAGAUGAGAUUAUACGAACUAAGACUAGGUACCUUGGAUAACAAAGAUGCUGAUGUUGAAUGGCAACUAAGAAAAUAUGUUAGAACUGCUGCUAGAAAGGACUAUUUAUAG